UGAACAACACCUGAAGCUCGAUAUUGUGAAGCAGUUUCGUUGGAGUUCUAUUUCGCCCGUUGCUAGUAACCCUGUACGUAUCCUCAAAAAGUAUUGUAGAGCUAGAAAGAAAUCAUAUUUGAAAUCAGACGAUAUUUACAAGAAAUGAAUGAUAUUUAUGUGAAUGUACGUUCCUCAGGGAUAAGGUCCGAUCGAAAAAUCAACCUCCAUUGGACUUUGAGUCAAUUGAAGACAAAGCUAGUUCCUAUAAUAGGAAUUCCAGAGAUAUAUCAAAAAAUUAAAUAUGAACCUGCUUCUUCUACUUCCCAAUCGCAUACAUUUACAAGCGAAGAAGAAAAUGAUAUAUUGUCUCAUCACGAUAUCGAAGAACUAAGUACAUUUAUAAUUGAAGACACACGUCCUCCUCACUUGAGACCAAACUAUGAGGAUCUUUCUGAGGUAGAAAAGUAUGAAAUGUCUCAAGAAGAGUACGAACGUCGCGACGAUUCUGUUUUGGCAUGGAAGAAGCGCAAUCAUCUUGGUCGCUUUAAUCCAGCCUAUGCUGAAUCAGUCAGCUCAAAACAAGAGUCAUUGGAGAGAGAAAUUAAGGAUCUACAGGUAAAUAUGAAUUCUAGGUGUUGUGCCAGCGGUGAGCGUUAUGGUACAAUCCGUUACAUUGGAUAUGUCCCUGAAAUUUCCAAGAAUUCACUGUGGAUAGGUGUCGAGUUUGACGAGCCUGUUGGAAAAAAUGAUGGUUCUAUUCAAGGAAAGCGUUAUUUUACUACAAGAAAUAAGCAUGGCUCCUUUCUGAAGCCGACAGACGUAGAGGUGGGUGACUUUCCUGAAGAGGAUAUUUUAGCGGAUUUGUAGAUAAGAAGAUUUGCCGUUUGCAUAUAUAUUGUACCAGAAGUUGACUCGAAUUUUAUGAGAUUUUACUAAGUAAUGAAAGAUAACCUAUGAAUGCCCUUGCUGUUAUACUCCAAGACCAAUUCCUCAUAGGUUAAUAUAGAAGCUUGAAAACUUGGAUCCAUAUUUCUAUGAUAUAUUUAUUAGAUAAUUAUUGUUUGUAAUCUGCGAGUCUCAAUGUCAAUCUUUCCAACGUUUUAAGACUGUAAUGACUUAUUACUAGCAUACACAGGUUGCUGGGAUCAUUUAAAAAUAAAAUCUCUUUUUCA